AAGGUAGAAUUUUAAUUUUACUUUCUAGCCUAGUACUAUUAAUAUUCUUUAAUCAAUGCCCUAGGCUACCAUAGUUAAGAAUAAAAUUUAAGUCACAUUGCAGUGCAGUUUAUUCAGAGGUCCUGUUUGAACUUAGUGUUGGCCUACCUAAACUAAUUGAGAAGCAGACUAUUUUUAAGGCUGUGUAUUGUCAUGAAUUAAGUUUGAGUUGAGGGUUGUUCUAGAUUUCAUUACAAGUAUUUGGCAAUGAAUAGAAUAUUUGGAAGAGAAAAGCCUAGAGAGGCUCCACAAAAUUUAACAGAUGUAAUAAAAGGAGUUGAUAACCGGGCUGAUUCAAUUGAUGGUAAAAUUGCUAAACUUGAUGUUGAACUGAAGAAGUAUAAAGAUCAAAUGGUAAAAAUGAGAGAAGGACCAGCUAAGAACAAUGUAAAACAAAAGGCACUUCGAGUUCUUAAACAGAAGAAAAUGUAUGAAUCACAAGUGGACAGUUUAAGACAGCAAGCAUUCAACAUGGAGCAAACAAAUUUUGCUACUCAGUCGCUUAAGGAUACACAAGCAACUAUUGUGGCAAUGAAGGCAGGUGUUAAAACUAUGCAGAAGGAGAUAAAUAAAUUAAAUAUUGAUCAAAUUGAAGAUUUACAAGAUGAAAUAACAGAUAUGUUGGAGUUGCAUGAAGAAUUGCAGGGAGCCCUUGGCCGUACGUAUGGGAUGCCUGAGAUAGACGACGAUGAAUUGCAGGCUGAACUUGAUGCGCUUGGAGAUGAGAUUGCACUUGAUGAGGAUACAAGCUAUUUAGAUGAAGUUAAAGCACCUGCUGCACCAAUUAAGGAACCAGGCACUGACAGUUUACCCAAUAAGGAUGGUGUUUUAGUGGAUGAAUUCGGAUUGCCCCAAAUACCUGCAUGAACUUAUGAAAAAAUGAUUAACUUUAUUAAUUUCAGAUUUUUUCUACAAACUUUUCACAGUGUAUCCUUUGUUCAGUCAUAAUAUUUCAAUAUUGUUCAAAAUAAAAUUUCUUUUGAAAUGUAAA